GUGCGUCAAGUUUUAUAGUUUACUUGACAAUUCACAUUUCUGUAGCAACGCGAAGCUGGAAGGUCGUCAAAACUUUUACGUUGAUGAAUUUAUAAAUAUUAGUUAAUAGCUACUUUGUUUUUAUAGAAUACGUAACUUAGUUAUUCCUACACCAAAGGGUGUAAGUUUAAAAACAGUACAAAUCGUUACAUUAAAAUUGACUAAUAUUUAUAAUACAAAGUUAUUAAGUGUUCCUAAAAAUGGCAUUAAAGUUUUAUGUUAUUUUUGCAUUUUUAUGUAUUGUGCCCAUAAUAUACGCUUGUAACGAAGCAAUAUGUGCAAGUGUUGUUUCCAAGUGUAUGCUUACUCAAUCUUGCAAAUGUGAUCUCAAAGAUUGUACUUGCUGUAAAGAGUGCUUCAAUUGCCUCAGCACAUUGUACUAUGAGUGCUGCAGCUGUGUUGAUAUGUGUCCUAAACCAAAUGACACUCAAACUGAGCUUUCAAAAGCAUCAUAUGUUGAGGAGUUACCAGACAAUGUACCAGGCUUGUUUGCAGCCCUAACUGGUGAAUCUGACCCUCAGCAAAGAUGGUUGUCCAUAACAUACCCUGUAGACCUUGAUAUUUCUGCAUUCCAACCAGCUGCAGAGAGGCAGUUGGUGUAUCAUCUCCAAAGUGUGGAACAAGAUUCGGAGCCAGUUAGUCGUGAUAUUCUCACUUUUAACUGUACUGUGGCAUAUAUGUCCCAAUGCAUGUCCUGUUCCAAGUGUAAGGCCUCUUGCAGAUCAAUGGGCUCCAAUAGCUUUAGAUGGUUCCACGAUGGAUGCUGCGAGUGCGUGGGUGAUAAAUGUAUAAAUUACGGGAUAAAGGAGAGCAGAUGUCUGGCAUGUCCAGGUGGUAUAGAGACUGCGGAAACUGCGGUAGAUGACGACCUCAGUUACGACGAUCUCGACUAUGGAGAGGAAGUAGACGCCCAAUCUGUUUGAAGUAUCAAUUAAGUUUUAAUAAGUAGAAAGCUUUAAUUUUACUGUGACCUAUUUAGCCAUUCACAAGAUAUACUUACGUAUUAAUAACGAUAAUGAGACAAAAAAAAAUAAUUUCUUGAUAAUAUUUUUGAUUAUUAAUUACAAUGUAAAAUGAGCAAUGUUUUUGUGCGAGCUAAUAGUUAUAUCGUUCAAGAAUUAUAUUCGUACGAAUUCUUAAAUGGCAACGCACUGCGAGCCUUUUGUCAAUGUACGUGUCCAUGGGCGGCUGUGUCCUGCCCAUUUACCCCGUUCUAUAAAAAUAAUCGUUAUAGGAUGUAAAAAUUAGUUGGCGCUAAUACUGGAAUCUGAAAUGCCUAGAAAAUAGUGUAAUUGUACCGUUUCUCUCUCUCAUCACAGUUUAUACACUAUUUGAUAGAAAGAGACGAAAGAUUACUGAGGGACUGAAUUUUCUGUACGAAGACAUAUUUGAUAAUGAAUUGCCCAUCUCUAAAAAUUCUAACCAGUUUCAUUAGCUGUCAAUCGCUCUUUUAUAUAUAAACUUUGACAUAUUUACCAGUACUCAAAACGAGAUUGUGACUGGAGAUACGAUUUAAAACACUGGCCGAAGUGUUUAUGAAUAAGGCUCUAGAAAUCGUAAAUCAAAUUGAAAGUGUUAGUGUAAAAUAUUUUUUUUUCAACUGUAAUUUAUAUUCAAGAUGAGAUUAUAAUUUCGGAUAAGAUCCUAAUUAGGUUCCAACAACAAUUUCUAUUGGAUUUUUUUAAAUUACGUUUUUUAUACUCAAUAUUCACAAAUCCAGUUAUUAUGUUAAUUUAUAGAUUUAAGUAAAAAUCAAGAGAUUCGAAACAAACUCUUAACUUGUAUUAUUAAUAUUUAACUUUUAAUAAGAACUUCGAAGCAUAGAAUAGAUAAAAUUGUAUAGGACUUUUGUCUAAUGUGUCGAUUUAACUCACAAAAUUUAAUACACAUGACAAAUACAUAAAGUAUGAUUGCAUUAUCAUGUAUAAAAUUUAUCUCCAUUACCCGUCCAUCUGGACUUACCCUUUUUGAGAAUCUAUGUUACAUUUUACAAGGGGCUAUUUGACAAGAUUUAAAAACUAUUUCAAAUUAUUCAUUAGCGUUUAUGUAACCUUCAUUAUACAUAUAUUCAUUUUGUUAAGUUUGCUUUAAAAUGUCAAAUAUACAUAAUUUGAAUAACCCGCCAAAACAAGAUGGCGUCGCACCAAACAAACGUCAAGUUUUUUACGUGUUAAUUGUCAUUCUUAUAUUAAACGAACACACUUAUAUUUCGAUAUAACAGUCUCCGAAUUAUAACUCCAAUGGAAUUUUAGACAAGUGAAGACAUUAUUUACUGGCAUGAUACGCCGUCGACUAAUCUGUGACCGUUUUGUGUCACGUGACUGACGUAUAAAAUCACUAUUUUAAACUAUGGACUACUUAAACUUGGAAUACUUCCAAUAAUUAUUUUUCUGUCAAAUAGCCCUUUCCCAUAAUCCACAAUGAAUAGUGUUCUUAAUUAAAACAUCAUUUUUUU